AUGAAGGAUGACACGUUUUGCGUCAUGGUGUCGAUCAUGGUCGGCGUUGUCGGGAUAUUUUCUUAUUUUGGCUUCGAUAUUAUGGUAUUUCUGGCGGAGACCAUUAUGCAUUCCGUGAAGGACAGAUGCCCGGAUUGUAUUAUCGAUUUUGCCGGCUAUUACGCCCAAUGCCUCCUCUACGCCUGCUUCACCGUGGCAAAUCUGAUAGCUCCAGUUUUUCUGGCCCGUUUUGGGAGCAAGAAAACGAUCCUCGCCGCAAUUUGUUGCUUCACAAUAUAUUCAUCGAAUUUUCUGUUGAUCAGAAAUUAUAUAUUCUUUCCAUGCUCCGCCAUUGCGGGUAUCGGAGCGGCAUUGUUUUACUGUGGCACUGGUGCUUAUGCCGCAAAACAUUCCACUGAAGCCACGUUGGCUCGAACUCAAGCCCUAUCUUUUAUGCUCAUGAUGAGUAGUAUGCUAGUCAGCGGAAAUUACAUGAUUGUAUCUUCUGCGCUUACAAAGGAUUCGGAGAAAGGGAAUUCUUCGCAUAACGAGAACGAUGCCUCUUACCGUGAAUUUUCUGAUGCCGAAAUUAAUACCUUAAAAAUUGGCAUGAUGGCAUCGUCAGUGCUGGCAAUAAUUUUAUGCCUAUUAUUGCCAAGCCGUCGAAUUAAAGGAUCACUAUAUGUCAAAGCAACUAAUAUCACGAUAAGAGCUCAAUUAGGUCUGAUCUACAAAGCCCUGAAAAACCCGGGGCUCACCAAGCUUAUCCCGCACUACAUUUUCUGUGGUGCUUUCACGUGCUUUAUGAAUUCCAUCUAUACCACAUCCGUGUCUUUCACGCAUAUAUUUGCCCAUGAAGACAAUUUGGUGGCUUUUGUAUGUAUGAGCAUGUCGGUGGGAGAGUUGAUAAUCGGUGUCGCGAUGGGGCUAAUCAGUCGGCGGAUCAAGAGUUUUGGCCUGAUGCCAGCUAUGAUCAUGACGCUGGUGUGGUUUACGAUGUGGGCUACGCUGGUGAUGCUAUUUACGCCUCCUGAAGCCUCGAUGAGACCAACGAAAGAGGUGUCGAUUUUGGCGCCAAGACUCUACAUGUGCACAAUUAUCGGUGUCCUCUGCGGAUUCGUAGAUGGCAGCAUGAAUAACGUCCGCAUCAUCGCUUCCGCGACCGCAUACCCGGAAGAACCAGCCAUCGCCUUUUGCGUCUCAAAAUUCUAUCAAGCUGCGGCGACCGGCGUUUUCUACUAUGUUUCACCUUCUUCGUCUGGUUCCUCCGAGUCCUCAGAAGAAAGGAAACCGCCAGAAUUAUACCAAUUCAAU